GUUGAGUCGUCGAUGAAUGAUCCAUUAAUGGCCAGAAUAUGCUGCCGAAUUCGGGCGUCAAGAUUCAAGAUGCGUCGUGCUGUUGACCGAUAAAAGUUAAAUAGGUACAAUGGAAUCUGUUUCCUGACUCAGUUUUGAGACAGCUAGUGGCCAAGAUUAGUGCUGCUUUUGGAUAUCGCUAGGCGGCUAAAACUAGAAGCAGCUAAACAUUCGUAAGGACGAAAUCAGCCAAUACGUUCAAGCCCCUCUUAUUAUAUAAAGCAUUGCAGAUGAGGAACUGGUCGUGAGUUCAGAGAGUGUACACACGACACAGAGCAAACAUGGAGUUUCGCGGUGCCCUCUCGAGCACUCUUUUCUUGCUCUUUCUCUACAGUACCAAUGCCGGCAAUUCCAAGCUCUUCCGCGAGUACAUCGGAGCAGAAUCGGAUACGAUCCAACUAUCUGACGUCCCCGUAAACUCGGAAGUCGAAUUCCACUUCAUCCUCGCCUUUGCAAUCGACUACACGAGUGAAGACAACCCGUCUCCCACCAACGGAAAGUUCAACGUCUUCUGGGAAACCAACCAUCUGACUCCUUCAGCUAUCGCUUCUUUUAAGCAGAAACAUCCGAACGUCAAGUUUGCCGUCAGCUUGGGCGGAGACAGCAUCGGAAACAGCAACGCCUUUUUCGUUCCGAAAUCCACAAACUCCUGGGUUCAGAAUGCCAUAUCGUCGCUGACGGCGAUGAUCAAGGAAUACCACCUCGACGGAAUCGACAUUGACUACGAACACUUCAACGUAAGUUCUAGCGUUUUUGCAUAUUGCAUCGGGCAGCUCGUAACAAGGCUCAAGAAAAGCAGGGUAAUCUCAUUUGCAUCAAUAGCUCCGUAUGAAGACAUCCAAAACCAUUACUUGGCUCUGUGGAAGAAAUACGGGAGUUCCAUCGACUACGUCAACUUCCAAUUCUACGCGUACAACGACAUCGGUGUCUCGCAGUUCCAGAGUUACUACAAACAGCAAGCUUCUAAUUUUGAAGGGGGACAAGUCCUGGCCAGUUUCAUGAGCAAAGGGGGAGGAGGACUCCACCCUAACGAAGGGUUUUUCCAAGCCUGCGAGGAGCUGAAGAACCAAGGAAAGCUUGGAGGCAUUUUCAUAUGGUGUGCUGAUGAUUCCAUAGGAAACCACUUCCAAUUCGAGAAGCAAUCACAGCAACUGUUGGCUGCAUAACCAUUGUGGUUCUUUUUCCUGCUUUUUGUUCGCUUUCCUCGUUUUCUUUGAUGUACUUCUUGUACGAGGCCGGCUCACCGGACACUGUCCGUGUGGGCACCAAGUCUAGUCAAGAAAAUAACUACCGUGUGCGCCAAGUCUAGGCAAGAAAAAACACCAUCUUUUUCGAGAUAUACGAAACCACCUGUUAUCAGCUGUGCGAACGCUGCAUGCUGACAGUGACUGGCUAUUUCCACUAGCUUGCUAUUCAUGUAAAGUGGCAGUCUAAGCAUGAGCACGAAUGAAAUAAAUCUCCUCUUCUCGUUCAA